GAAGCCGAUCAUUCUACCGAGGAAGAAGCGCGUCUACUAUUCGGGACCAUUCGUCUGAGCCGGAGGAGGUUCAUUCACUUUCUCUUAGCCCAGUGAGCGGAUGCAAGUGUCCGUCCGUCAUUCACAAUCCAUUUACGGAUGAAAGUGCGUACGAUCGAACGAUCAUAUCCUUUUCCUGGUGAAAAGGUCCUUCAUGUUUCACGAUCGUCGAAAUCAAGCAGAUUCCCUUCGCAUUCCGAUUGGGAAGUCUGUGUCUGUGGAAUGGAAAUGCAAUUAACAAAUCCGCUUUCGCCAUCAUUCAUUAGUUAAUCCAAUUGAGCGCGUCCUGCCACUGUUGUCGUUGAUCGGCCUCGACCGCGACGAGGAGUGUUGACGAUUCCCGUCACGUCGUUCCUCCUUCUUUAAUUCGUCAUUCGUUCAUUCAAUGCAAAUAGGAAUUAAUUAGAUCCCCGCGCAGACACUGUGUCAUGCACCAAGCGGACAGAAGGACAAGGCCCCUCCGCUGUUUGCUCACUUGCUGACUGACCUACCGUAGCCCCGGGGAAACCCCACAUGGCGUGAAACGUGUCGUUUCCGUCGUCCAAAGUGAGCAACAUUGAACUGCUGGUAGCCAAAUGGUGGCAAACGGUGGCCCUGGGAUGAGUGGAAAUGGAAUACAAAUUGAAUUAAUAACUGCAAAUGACGGUAGAAGAGCGGUGGUUUGAAAUGGUCCAUUCUGAUUGUGAAAGAUAAAUCAAUAUCAUUGAAUCGUCCUGUUUAGGAUAUGUUCCGAUAGCGGUGCGCGUAUUUCACAAAUCCAGAAGCAGGUAUUACGCUGGUCGGUAACGUAUCGAUAACUGUGGUAAAUGGUUUAUGACUCCAUUAGAAACAUUGUAGUGUAAAUUUGUAGACGCAACGAAUAAAACGAUAGCCUACGAUUAUGCCGAGAUGCCUUUUGCGCAGAUCCUGCCCGUUUCUACGAUAAGAUUCGCGUGUAAGCGUUACAACUGUUCAACGACAAAUGUAUGAAACGGAAAUAAAGUCUAGCCGGAAGCACUAUUUAUUCGCAAAGAUAUAUAAA